AUGUCGACUCCAGCUAUCCAGUUCUUGCCCAGGACGGCCAUCGCCGCAUUCGCUCUGAGCACGAGCGAAAUAUACACGUAUGCUCAGGGCUCCAACAAGAAGCUUGUUCAAGUUUCAGGCAGCGUCUCCGAUGCCAAGUAUAGCUCAGAUGACUAUUCCAGUGUCAAUGUAUCUGGAAUGACAACUGCAAAGCUCUUCACCCCUCUGGCGGCAGCUUUCUACCAUGACAAGUCAUCGAAUGUUGACAGACGUUAUGUGUUCUACGUCGACGACAACAACCUUCUCCGCGACGUUUACUUCGAGUCCAACAAGUGGCACAUCGGGAGCCUCUCGGGCCAGAACUGCGUCUGCGCCCCUUACUCAAAACUCGCGGCCAUCCGACUCGUAAAUCCCGGCGGCUACAAUUUUGUCACGGUUUACUACCAGACCACGGGCGAUAAUGGAGACAUCAAGGAGGUCAGCUUGAACAACGGAACUUGGGCCAAGGGCCAGCCAGACCUGGAUGACCCACCUCUCUACGGCACCUCGCUGUCCGCUGUGACGGCGGAGCCUGGCAUCGAGUCGACGUCAAGCUCAACAAGCGACACAGACAAGAGCAGGCUUCCCGUCAUGUUUUUCCAGUACAAUACCCUCGGCCUCGGGUCUUCCCAGGACGCGAUUGCGUACUCCAGAUGGACAAUCGACGACAACAGCAAAUCACUGUCGAGCCACGCGGCCCUCACCGCUGUCGAUGACGGGACAAACCUCUGGGCCUUCUACACCUCAGACGACAACCAGGUACAGCGUGUCCGGAUCGACAAGGACGCGAAUCUAACGCAGCCGACGGCCGUGGCCCUUGACAUGACGCCGAUGCCGGGCAGUCCGCUGGAAGCUGUGUUGGUUACGGACAGCAACAACGACUACAUAGUCCUCUUCUACCUCCUCCACUACGCCGCCAGCGACGAUGUGCCCACCCGCACCGACAUCUACGCCACUGCCCUGUCCAAAACCUUGACAGCCGACGCCGAUACCUGGUCUACCUCGAGCCGGGUGCUGCUUACGGGCUGA